CUCCGCAGAGCUGCAUUCCUGCUGCCACAUCGGACCAAACCAUCUGCUCUUAGCAACAACAUUUUAGCUUCGCGAUGGGGGCAAAACACGCUUCCGUCACGUGUUAACCCUAACAUAAACAUUGAAUCGCAUUUAUCUGUGUGUGAGUGUUCGCCGGUUUUUUCAUGUUAUCGAUAUUACGGUGAAUAAUUACAGAGCUCGUCCAAAGCGACCCCCCCUCUCCUCCCUCUUUAAAGUGGUCCGCUCCGUCUUGCUGCCAUGUUGGAUGUACGCAUCGCCGCUGCAGCUGCCGGAGUUUCCGUAUGAAAGUUGAGCGUUUAUCCGCGUACAGACACUCAGCGAGCCCUUUAUUUUUUAUUUAACACAAAACGGAGAAGUUAAGUUCAUUUCCGAAGCAGGAGCAAGCCUGGAAAUCACCUCUCGGUCCUCCUCCUCCUCCUCCGCCCUCCAGCCGGAGUCGGACUCAGCGGAGAUGAUCCGGUUGCAGGCCACAGCAACCGGAGCCCGCAUGGAUUUUGUGUAAUUAUCGGUGUUUUGCCGAGUCCGUCCGGGGAUAACCGCAUCGUUUCGGGGGUUAACUUGAAGAAUCCGGAGCCAUGAACAGCCACCCGCCGCCCCGCAGGGCUGUGAACGUCGGCUCCAUCCUCCUGACCCCGCAGGAGAACGAGUGCCUGUUCGGCUACCUGGGCAGGAAAUGCGCCACUCUGUGCUCGGCGGUGGUCCAGGUGUACGGCGCAGACCGGAGCUGCUGCUGGGUGAAGAGGUGCUGCGGAGUCGCCUGUCUGGUCAAAGACAACCCACAGAGGUCCUACUUCAUCAGAGUGUUUGACAUCAAGGAGGGGAAAACCAUGUUUGAACAGGAACUUUACCACAACUUCUCCAUCAGCAGCGCCAGGUCCUACUUCAUCUCGUUUACAGGAGACACCUGUCAGAUCGGUCUGAACUUCGCCAGCGAAGAAGAGGCCAAAAGAUUCAGAGCCGCUAUCAACGACCUGCUCAACCGACGACAGCGCAAAACCGAGAAGAGAGGUGACCCUAAAAAUGGUCCGGCUCUGCACAUGGCCACGGUGGACAUCAAGAACCCGGAGAUCAACAACGUCCGAUUCCACAACUCCCACAGCCACCACCAGCAGCCGUACCACCUCAACAACAUGCUCAGCCACAGCGGGCUCAACAGGAAGGACAAGAAGACCAAAGGCAAGAAGAAGAAGCUGACCAAGGCCGACAUCGGCACGCCCAGCAACUUCCAGCACAUCGGUCACGUGGGCUGGGAUCCGAACACAGGUUUUGAUCUGAACAACCUUGAUCCUGAACUCAAGAACCUGUUCGACAUGUGCGGCAUCUCCGAGGCUCAGCUGAAGGACCGAGAGACGUCCAAGGUCAUCUACGACUUCAUCGAGAAGAAGGGAGGGGUGGAGGCCGUCAAGAACGAGCUGAGGAGGCAAGCACCGCCUCCACCUCCUACUCGUGGCGGUCCUCCUCCUCCUCCCCCGCCGCCACACAACUCGGCUCCACCCCCUCCUCCUCCCCCGUCCAGAGGGGGCCGAGGAGCCCCACCUCCUCCUCCUCCAUCCAGAGCCCCCACUUCCGUACUCUCUCCUCCCUCUCUCUCCCGACCAGGAACUCUGGGUGCCCCGCCUCCGCCACCUCCUCCCACCCGAGGAGGUCACCAGCCGCCUCCUCCUCCCCACCAUCACCAUCACCAUCACCAUCACCAGCCUCCUCCUCCUCCUCCGCCACCUUCCUCUCACUCCUCCGUCUCCCCCCCAGCCCCUCCACCUCCGCCUCCCCCAUUGUCCCAGCAGUCUCCAGUCAGCGGAGGCGGCGGCUCCGCCCCUGCUCCACCUCCUCCGCCACCUCCUCCACCUCCCCCUCCCGGCCCACCUCCUCCUCCGGAGCUGGACGGUGUAGGUGGAGGCGGAGACUCUCCUCAUUCGCCGAGUUCCGGUGGGAAGUCGGCGCUGCUGGAGCAGAUCAGAGGAGGGACGCAGCUGAAGAAGGUGGAGCAGAACAACCGAGCGCCGGUCCCCGGCGUGGGACGGGACGCCCUGCUGGACCAGAUCCGACAGGGAAUCCAGCUCAAGACCGUGCCGGAUCAUCCAGAGUCCGGCCCUCCGACGUCGGCUCCCACCUCGGGCAUCGUGGGCGCUCUCAUGGAAGUGAUGCAGAAGAGGAGCAAAGCCAUCCAUUCCUCAGACGAAGACGAGGAUGACGACGAAGACGAGGACUUCGAAGACGACGACGAGUGGGACGACUAGUGAAGGUUUCCUCCUCCCUAUCUGCACCUACAGCUGACACUAAAAUAUCCUAAAAAAAUCUUCCAGCAUCUGACUAAAAUUGUAAUGUAAAUGUUGUAAGAAUUGGCUGUAUAUUUAUUUUUUUGCCUUUUUUUUGCUUUUUUUUUAAAUGAAUAUUAUAAAUAAUCUGUGCAAUACCUCAUCUGUUAAAUCCGUUACGUUCGUCACGCAUCCUCAUCGUUAAAGACUGUACGCGUUCCCCGGGACAUCGUGUCAUUAGAGAGCACUUAACGCCAUCAACAGCACAAGGUGGAGACGCCACAUUUCAUAUUAAUAAUCAAUAAUAUAAAACACUAGCUGCUCCGCUGAGGGGAAUCUGAAGUCUUUACGUGCUCCGUGGGAAGUAUUUGUUUUUUGUGUGUGUUCAUUUCUUCGUCUUUUCAUUCAACGAAACUGAAAAAGGGAGACGUACGUGCGACCAAACGGGCAGGAUCCUCUUUGUGUUUGACAGCGGUCGCUUUAAAUGCGAGAUAACACUAUUUUCUUACCGUGCUUCUUUUUUUCGUACCUCCGAGUUUCCUAAUAAAUUGUAGUUUUAGUCGUGUUAUUUUUUCAUGAAUCCUUUUUGACCAAAAUGCAGCGGCGGCGGCUCGAGUCGCCUCGCGGAUUUUCCACUUUCAUUUUUUAUGAAAUUAAAGCCGUUUAUUUGCACACACGUUUAUAUGAUAGUUCAGUUUUGUGUUUUUUUCGUCAAGUAAUUUUUAUUUUUCCAAGCAGGUUUCCGUGACGAUGGGACAUUUUUUAAAGGUCACGCAAUAUUGUGACCUUUUAAUGGAGACUGCGAGCAUGACUGACGA